AUGGCCUCCCUCCUCGCCUGCCCGGCCGAGCUGCGGCAGCAGGUCCUAAGCCACUGCCUCCCAAACGACGUCCACAACGCAGGCGCCGCGCCCAGGACGGCCCCCCUCCUCCCGCUCCUCCUGACAUGCAAGGUCAUCCGGCUCGACGUCCUCCAGCUCCUGGGCACCUGGUCGCCGCUGUACCACAUCGAGGACCCCGCCGCCAUCAUCACCACCACAUCGCGCCGGCGCCUGGACGACGAUGAGCCGCACAUGCGCAGAAUCAGCCUGCGCCUGUUCGCGGGGCUGGACCUGGCGCGGAUGCACGGGGAAGCACCCAUGGGUGCGGUCCAGGGCGUCUUUGACGUGGACCCGUGGCUCCGGUGCGUGGCCUCGCUGCCGCGGGCGGCCGUCGAGAGCGUCACCGUCGACCUGACGCCCGUCCCGGCGUGGAUGGCCGCCCGCCGGCCCGACUGGGUGCGGUCGACUGUGCUGGACGCGCGGAACCGCGCCUUCCUGUGCGGGCGCUGUGCGGGUCCUACGGCGCCGGGGUGA